GGAGCGGAGCAGGAAGCGACUGGGACUACACGGAAAGAGAAGGAUCUGCUGCUAAUAACGACAUCAACAGCGGUACUCUCGGGGAUAUCUCGCUCUUCUCCAUAAUGUAGGUUAGACACCAACAGAUUGCAGAUAUGAACUUGGAAACAUUUACAAUAUAUUGCUAAAGUGCACAAAUAGGUGAGGAAUCGCAAGCUAUCUUCCUGUUGUGUCUAGCUGACAAGCUAACCGGGCUAGCUAGCUAACGGCUCCAGGAAAAAUGAAGGAGGUGAAGGGUUGCGGUAUGAGGUCCUCUGUGGGCUUUCUGUCCCAGAGAAGGCUUUUCGGGAACCCGCUGAUGAAGGAAGAAUUCCAGAGACUCCGGUUGGCAGGAUGCACAAGCCUUUACAAGAAGGAUAUGCUGGGACAUUUCGGAUGUGUAAACGCCAUAGAGUUUUCCAACAAUGGAGGUGAAUACCUUGUGUCCGGAGGAGAUGAUCGCAGAGUGUUGCUAUGGGAUCUGGAGAGAGUCCUCCAUGCCCGCUCGGCCAAGCCUCUCAUACUGAAGGGAGAACACCUCUCCAACAUCUUCUGCUUGGCCUUCGACAGUACCAACAAGAGGGUGUUCUCUGGGGGCAACGAUGAACAGGUCAUCCUUCAUGAUGUAGAGCGAGGUGAGACUCUGAACGUGUUCCUCCAUGACGAUGCGGUGUACGGCCUGUCAGUCAGCCCGGUUAACGACAACGUGUUCGCCAGCUCCUCUGACGACGGACGUGUUCUCAUCUGGGACACACGGCAGCCGCCACACGGAGAACCCUUCUGUCUGGCCAAUUACCCAUCAGCCUUCCACAGUGUGAUGUUCAACCCGGCAGAGCCCCGACUGCUGGCCACAGCCAACUCCAAGGAGGGGGUGGGGCUGUGGGACAUCCGCAAGCCUCGCACUUCUCUGCUGCGGUACGGUGGCAGCAUGUCCCUUCAGAGUGCCAUGUCGGUGCGUUUCAACAGCACGGGGACCCAGCUCCUGGCCCUGCGUCGCAGGCUACCCCCAGUCCUCUACGAGCUACACUCACGCCUACCCAGCUUCCAGUUCGACAACCAGGGCUACUUCAACUCCUGUACCAUGAAGAGCUGCUGCUUCGCUGGAGACAAGGACCAGUACAUCUUGUCUGGAUCAGAUGACUUCAACCUCUAUAUGUGGAGAAUCCCAAAGGAUCCUGAAGCAGGAGGCCCGGGUCGUGUGGUGAACGGAGCGAGCAUGGUCCUAAAGGGUCACCGCUCCAUCGUGAACCAGGUCCGGUUCAACCCCAGCACCUAUAUGAUCUGCUCCUCCGGGGUCGAGAAGGUCAUCAAGGCGUGGAGCCCCUACCAGCAGCCGGAGAGUGUGGGAGACCUGGAUGGCUGUGUAGAGGAUAAGUCCAGGAGUCUGUACAGCCAUGAGGAAUAUAUCAACCUGGUGCUGAACAGCGGCAGCGGCCUGAGCCACGACUACGUCUCACAGUCCAUCCAGGAGGACCCUCGUAUGAUGGCCUUCUUUGACUCUCUGGUGCGUCGGGAGAUCGAGGGCUGGAGUUCGGACUCGGACAGCGACCUGAGUGAGGGGGCCAUCCAGCAGCUCCACGCCAGGGGCCGACGCUCCACGCGGGCUGUAAGAGACGGCUCCGGGGCCCUGGUUGGGACUGGGGUUGGUGGUGCUGCUCCACCUGUACACCCUGCUGCUGCUACAGGCGACUCUGACCACUCCUCCUCAUCUUCAUUGGCUGCACCCGAGGCCUCGGGGGCGGAGCGUCAAGAGGGGGUGGAGCCGCUGCUGCCCAGGAGUCGUCAGCGACAACACCAGUCUGCGGUCUUAUUGGACCUGGUGGGAGAGGCCUCUGACUCCUCUAGGUUCUGGCCUGACCCCAUGCCCCGCCCGCGCUCCCCCAGCCCCCGAGACAACUCCACACACUCCAGCCCCACAUCCUCCCCCGCUGGGGCCUCCUCCAGCUCCUCCACCACCUCCACCAGCUCUGAGGACGAGGAGCGCCGCAGGGCCAGCACCAGGCAACGUAACGCAGCCCGGAGGAGCCGCAUGCACUUCCCCUGCCGGCCCAGCGGGGGGCGCCCUGAGUCCGCCCAGGCACUGUACCCCGGGGGGGUCGACUCCUGCUCCUACCCCAAGAUCUCCGUCGAUGAGGCCUCAUCCUCCUCCGCGUCCUCCGCGGAGCUGCAGCAGGACCAGGACUCGGUCCAGAUCGUGCUCCAAAGGAGGAGCUCGGAAACGGGGAGACGUACUAGCAAUUCAGGCAGACUUGCCGGUUCCAGCCCUGCAGUGUCUCUGGACAGCCAGGACGACCGAGACCGAGCGGAGCAGGAGGGGCUCCACAUCACCUCCCUUCUGGCUCAAGACGCCCUGCAGCAGAGGACCGAGUCCUGGGAGGGGGGGAGGGAGGCUGCUUUAGAGAGGAUGGUCGAGGGCUUGGAGAGUCCGGAGGAGGACAACAGUAGCUGGGUCUCCCCUUCCUCCAGACAUCACCACAGCCCUGGCGUUAACGGCCUGCGGCACCCUGACCAGACUGAGAUGACUGAAGUGCCAGUAGACUCCAGGGACCGUCUGGCUCCAGACCUGUUUGAGUCCUCAGACUCCAGGGGAGAGAGGGAGGCCUUAGAGGAGAAACAAACAGACACUAGGACCCAGGUAGAGGAGAAGGAAGAGGCAGGGUUGUCUUCUCAGAGAGGCCAGCUGAAACGGACUCACCUGGGGUCCGGAGGUCAAGGGGAGUUGGAGGGAUUGGAGAAUUCGCCCUCAGAGAAGAAGUUGAAGACAUGAUGAUGAUGAUGCCUGUCUUGGGAAGGUGAUCAUUUGGUCAAAGAUGCUGUCCUACAUUGCUCCCUAUUCCCAGUGGUUCUCAAACAUCUCUCCUCGGGGACGUUUCACAACAUCGUUGCAACCCUGAACUAGCUCAGCUGAUUCACCUAGCCAAAGGGCUUGAGGAUUAGUUGACGAGUUGAAUCAGGUCUGCUAACUCUGGAAUAGAUUAAACACCUGGAACAGCUGGGGGUCCCCGAGGAGAGGUUUGAGAACCACUGACCUAUAUAGUGCACUGCUUUUCACCAGGGGCCUUUUUGAGCCUACAUUUGGGAUGUAACCAGAGACUCACCUUAGGGUGGCUUUUCUAUGGGUUUUUACAAUCCAGUUUCUUGGUUUGGUGACACUAAAAAGGGUGUCGCAAAUUUUGAAUUUUUGAGACGUUGGGACGUAUUCUGCUAAGAGCAGGACACAGUGGUUAGGAGGGCUUGGCUCUCUGUUUGUCAAUCAGAACAUACUGGAUAAUGAUUGGUCCAAUUAUUACUAUGGCAGCAACGCAUUCUAGAACUUCUAGAAAUGGUCAUCACUUCUGCGGUCAAACCAUAGAUGACAUUAAUAAUGAAAAGAUCCUAAAAUAGAAGUAAUAAUAUUGACAUUGACAAUAAUGGAAUUAUAAAUGCCCUACUAGUUAGUAAUUUAGUCUUAUAAGGCAGAAAUGUUAUUAUUGUUUUUAUUUUUUAUAUGAAAAAAAUACGUCCAGUUUAGUUGUUUUUUGUUGUUGAAGAAAACACUCCUGUAAGGAAGCUCCAGUUCAGAACUAAGGCUUCAGACAGCAUAUUUAAUUUCUAUUGGCGUUAGAGACUUGAUUCAUUUAGAUUUGUCAGUGAGCUUCUCUGCUUAGCUUGGUGAAGUGUCAGCUGUUGGAGCCAGGCAAACCGCUGUUUGAGUUGUGCAUUAAAGAAGGUAUUAUGAUUGUC